AUGGAGAAAAAUUGGGGCCAACCCGGAAUCGAACCGGGGACCUCUGUCAACUUAGAAUCGUGGAUGCAACCUGACACCUGCGUCACCCUAAGACAGCAUAAUAAGCCACUAUACGAUUGGCCCAAUGGGUUGUCAGGGGGCUCACGCCUGAAACCUAAUACCUGUAAAAGAAAAGCGUCUAUUACAAAUCCUGUCAAGAUAUGUGGUAACAUGCUGUGUAUUAUUGCUCUUGUUGAGAUAUGUCAUAGAGAGGCCUCUAUGACUUUCCUUGCUUGA